AUGUUCCCCAAAUCUGAGGUGUUGAGUCAAGAUGAUCUGCGCAAAAAGCUGUACCAGACUUUUAAGGAUCGGGGUGUACUGGACACACUCAAGACACAACUCAGAAACCAGCUGAUUCACGAACUGAUGCAGCCUGUUCUAAAUGGUAAAGUGCAGUCCCCAUCCAUCUCAGUGGAAGAGAGCUCCCUCUUAAUAGGAGCUUCCAACUCUCUAGUGGCCGAUCACUUACAGAGAUGUGGCUGUGAGUAUUCACUGUCUGUCUUCUUUCCGGAAAGUGGUUUGGCAAAAGAAAAGGUACUUACUAUGCAGAAUCUAUUGCAUCUUUUAAAAAUCAGUCCUGAAUCCAGUCUCUACAAGUCACUGAUUUCAGGAUUUGAUAAAGAAAACAAAAAAGGAUUUCUUAUACAAUUUCUGAAAGAAUUGGCGGAACAUCAUCAGAAUAAAGGAAGUUGCAAUAUGGAAACCCAGACAAGUCCAACAUUUCCCGUCAAAGACUCUCUUGAGGAGAAGCUUCAGCUUAUUGACAGUGAGUUUGCCCGUGCUUGCCCUCAGCAGCCAAAGUUAGAAUCCUUAGAAGUCAAGUUAAACGAAUAUAAGAGGGAAAUAGAACAGCGGCUACGGGCAGAAAUAAGUCAGAAGUUGAAAUACUUUAAAGAUACUGAAAUAGUGAAAGUUAAAAUGGAAGAGAAAAGGAAGUGUGAGAAGGAGUUUGCUGAGUUCCGGAACGAAUUUGAGAGAAAUUGUCAAGCAAAAUCUGAAGCCCUGAUGUCUCAGGAAAAGAUAACCCUUGAGAGAAUUCAAAAGCACCAGGAGAAUGAAACAAAAGAAAUCUAUGCUCAAAGGCAGCUUCUACUAAAAGACAUAGAUUUGCUGAGAGGCAGAGAAGCCGAGCUGAAGCAAAGAAUUGAAGCCUUUGAAUUGGCCCAGAGGCUGCAAGAAGAAAAAACUAAAAGCGUGACUGAUGGACUGAGGAGACGGGAGUUUAAUAUAAAGAGCAUUGAGGAGACCUAUGACCAAAAGCUCAAGAACGAACUUCUAAAGUAUCAACUUGAACUGAAGGAGGACUAUAUCACUAGAACCAACAGACUGAUCGAAGAUGAAAGGAAAAAUAAAGAGAAAGCUAUACAUUUGCAAGAGGAACUUGCAGCUCUUAAUUGUAAAAAGGAAGAACUUGAUCGUUCUAUAAACCGUGUGAAAGAACUCGAGCUUGAGUUGGAGUCUGUCAGAGCACAGUGUUUGGCAUUAACAAAGCAAAACCACAUGCUAAGCGAGAAGGUUAAAGAGACGAGUGACUAUUCUCUACUGAAAGAAGGAAAACUGGAGCUUCAGGCACAAAAUCAACUACUUAAACAACAAGUGGAAGACAUGAAAAGUGAAAACAUGCAUCUCCUAAACCGCAUAGAUCAGCCGUCUUCCGAACUGCUGAUUUUUCAGGAAGAAUUAAGGAAAGCAGAAAACGCUAUUGCAUUUGAGCAUAAGGAGUUUGAAACCCACAAGCAAGCUCUACAAAAACAGCUUCAAAGCAAAAUUGAGCACUCCACCCAGCUGAAGGCCCAGGUAUUAGAAUAUGAUGCUUCUGUCAAGAGGUUAACUACACAGGUUUCAAUUUUAAAAUCACAACUAAAACAAACUCAGACAGUGCUAGAGAACGAAGUGUACUGCAACCCAAAGCACUAUCUGCUGAAUCACUCCAUCAGCGGGUUAAUGAGCACCAGGGCGGUGCCUCGUGAUGGCGACAUCAGUGGGGAUUUCUUGAAAAAUCCUCUGAGACCAGAGGAGGCGACAGCAGGCCCAGUUACACCGCGAAUCCUCAAAUACCCAAAUGCCAGCGCAGAGGGCAGUUCCCCUGAUUCUGACCUCGAGUUUGUAGCCAGUACCAAGGUAAGGGUGAGAGAGCUGGAACAGGAGGCAGAGCGCCUGGAAAAAGCUUUCCAGAGCUACCAUCAAAGGGUCGGUCAGUGCCCUGCCAAGAGCCACUUGGCAGCCAGGAGCCCACCCCCGCUGCGUCUGCCCGGGACUUUCAAGAACAUCACUGCAGCUGUUCCCGAGAGGUGUGUGUUUGUGGACGCCAGAGUCACCUCUCAGCAGCCUCCGGUGAGCACAUGCGGAGGGGACGGGAGCGAGGUGUCCGAGGUGGCCAGCAGCAUGGCCUCAAGGUCACACAAGAGCGUAACCUCCAGACGGCUCUCCUCCACGCCACUCCCCAAAGCGAGAAGCCUUGAUAGUGAAGUGUACCUGGAAGGUCUGGGCCGGUCCACUGUGACUGCCACCUGUCCCGACAGAAAGCCACAGCCUUCGCCUGCCGAGUCCAGGCCCAGCCUUUCUGCGCGCUCGCUGGCCAGCCCUCUGGAGCAGAAGGCCGGUCUUUAUCAAAGACCUACAGAACUUCAAGACAAAAGUGGAUUUUCAAAUCCGGACAAGCUCGUUUUUAAGGAUAAUGAGGAGUUUGAACCAUCUUUUGAAUAUGGACAGAGUGUGCCAGGGCAGUUUGAGAGAGAUGGCCUCCAUCAUGCUGGAGACAUGCCUCGCGGGGACGGCGCCACAGCCCCUGUGCCCACCAGGCCCAUCUCGUUUCAGCACUUGGGUGUCAACCAGAAAUUGCCUGGAGAACAGAAGGAAGAAGAAAAACUCCGAGAACAGCAGGCGAGGGAACGAAGGCAGGGAGAAGAGCAGAGGCAGGGCGAGAGGCAGGAAACUCUGCAGAGGGAGCGGCGAGAACUUGAGAAGCUGGAUCAGGAAAGGAGGCUAAUUGAAGAAUCAUUAAAGUUGGAAAUUGAAAAAGAAUACGAAUCAAGUGUUCAGGAAAUGAAAGACAAAUCUAAAUCUGUUUGUGGUGAAAAUCCUCUAGAGAAAUACAUGAAAAUCCUGCAACAGAAUCCAGACCAGGACACCACGGAUAAGAGUUCAAAAAAGGUGUUCAGAGAGAGCUCACAGUUGGACACGCUACCAUCUAGUGACAAAGAUGAAAGUUUUGCGGCCUUUUCCCAUGAGGAACCAGAUGACAUUUGGUAG